AUGGGCAGUGACCUACGGUUCCAGUUUAAAGUAGAUUUUCAGGCUGAAGUUAGAACAAUAGAAUGGAAAGCGAAACGCAUAAAUCGAAGAGCGUCUCUCGAUGGCUGGGGACCUUGGGGAGAAUGGAUCUGUACCAAAUCUUGCGGAGGAGGUAGAGGUAUGCGGAAACACGAUUGUAUCGAUCCUGGACCUGGAAAAUGCCAAGGUCGCUGGUCUCAGAUGGAUAAUUGUAACACCCAGCCUUGUCCAAAACCUGUGGAGAAGCCUAGCUGGUCCGAAUGGAUGCCUUGGGAUUGUCCUGUUUCUUGUGGGGGAGGAGAAGGAACCCGAUCUCGUAUAUGUAUUGACCCCGAUAUUUGUAAGGGUCCAUCAGAGGAAAAAGGCCGCUGCAAUACAAAACCUUGUCCAUCAAUCAAGGAAAAUGUACCACAAAAUCUCAAAGAAAGCGCUCUCCAAAGAGUUAUUUCAAUGCACAAAAACUUUCAACUGCAGAAGGGAGAGUCCGUAACUUUGCCUUGCCUAGGAAACUUGCAAGGACGAUUCUACAGCGAAUUUCCUGACCUCAAGCUCUCAUGGAUGCUAAACAAUCAAAAUUUUCAAUUAGAUAAAUCUAGAAUGAUAAAAGAUGAAGGUAGUGGAGACAUCAAAAUUUCUGAAAUAUCUCCCAAAGAAAAUGGAAUCUUUAUGUGUGUCGUUCAAUUGGCUGGAGGUGAUAGACUUCCAACAUCUUUUGUUUCUGUGGCAGUUCAGAAUGACGAACCAGAUAUAAAAGUUCCAAAAGGAGAGUCCUUCACGCUUGUAUGUAACAGCAAGCCCUUUGAAAUGAUUCCUACUCCAAUGUCACAACACUGGUAUCACAAUUCUACUUUAUUUAAAGAAUAUAAAAAUGCUAAAUUCGAGAAAGUUGAUGAACUGGACUUCGAUACCAGUAAAUACAAUGAUAGCGGUAUAUGGUUAUGCAAAGUUAUAGACAACACCGAUAAAACUCGAUCUAUGAGGGAAUGGGCAACCAAUGUAAUCAGGGUGAAAGUUGGACCACCUUUACCUGCAUGGAGAAAGGCAUUGCCUUAUAUUUUGGGUAUAACUAUUCCUUUGGUAUUAAUCGCAAUUGUAAGUUUUAUCUUUUAUAAACGUGUCAUGAAAAAACGCAAACUAGAACUAGAAGAUGAAGAAAAGUUAAUUUCUGAAGCGAAAUCAAAGAGGGGAAUUAAAAAAUCCAGAAUAUCUCCUGAAAAGAAAUCGAAAAUUCCAACUAAGAAGAAAUUGGAAGAUUCGAAGAAGAAAGGUAAAACUGUUGAUUUGAAAAAGAAAACCCAAAAAGAUGAUUUCAAGAAAAUAACAGAAAAAGAAGAUGCUAAGAGAAAAGCGAAAAAGGGAGAACCGAAGAGAAAAGUUAAAGAUUCAGAUAAGCAAGCUAGUAAAAAGGAAUUUCAAAAAGUCAGAAAGAGUUCUCCGAAGUCAUCCCAACUAAAGGAUAAGGGAAAGAACAAGAAAGAAGGUACCAGGAAGAAAGCGGAUCCUACGAAAAAGUCAGAAAAGGAAGCCUCUACGAAACAUAUUGAAAAAUCCGAUCUCAAGAAAAAAAACAAAACAAAAAAAAUGGUAAAAAAGAAACGCAAAGAAGAAGACUACAGAAGGGAAAAGGAUAAAGAAAAAGGUUCGCAUAUAUCAUCACGAAAAGAAAAUAUUAAAAAAAGUAAAGACAUUGCAAGUGCUACUAAGAAAAGAGUCCGAAAGAAAUAGAUGCUGAGCAGAGAAAGGAAAUGAAAGAACCUAGAAAUAUAAAAGUAUGAAAGAAGCGCUUUGCCACAAAAAUAGACGAAACUCUUCUGGUUUGAAUCACCAUAACUGCAAGAUUGAGUUCUGACUCGAAUUAGAUUUCGAAGCUUACUUCCAUUAUUUUAUUUUAAACUAUCGUACAAGAUAUGAACAUUAUAAAACUGAGUAUCAGACGUGAUAUUUAAAAUGAUAUAUUCCUUCAGCAAUAUUCCUCAUAUUUUUCAAUUAACGCUUAAACUUUAUGCAAUCAACAUCUUAAAAUUUCAUGACGUACUCAACUUGAACAUUCAGUUUACGUUUUAUUAUAAAUGGCAGAAAUUUCAUGCUGAUUUUGAAAAGAUUUCAACCUAAGUUUCAGCUUUCUUUGAUAUAGUUACAAUAUCUCAUUAUAAUUAAGUCUAUUAAUUUCUGUCAUCAUCAGCUAUAUUGAAUUCCGCAUACCAUCAAAAUGUAAUGAUGUGAUAUAUUGAAUAUAAAAUAAAGAAAUAGUA